AUGCGCCGCCCUAAUUUCACUCACUGUGGCCAAACUUACAUGUCCAACCCCAGCUUAAUCUCGCGCUACAACUACACUGGUAGUGUGCUCAACAUCCCCUCUAACCCACUGACCCAGAUCACAUACGAAGGCUGCAAGGCAGUCUGCGGCUCUGGAAAUGCGUACUAUCCCUGGGUCGAAAUCUCCGCGACAGUGACAACCUGGGUUCUCCCUAUCCUCGGUGCACUUUUGCAAGCGCCCUUCGAGAGCAACGCCUUCUGGCGGACAUUCAAGGCUGUAAACAGGUGGAUCGGAAGUCCGAUAAGUAGUCUAGCGUGUAUUCUGUGGGAUGUUCAAAUUAGUGGAAAGUGUGCGAUGUUUGGUGAGUUGGCAGACAUUACGAACCAUAUCAUGACUGCUGAUGACAAUGUAGUCGAUAUGGCCGUUCCAUACAAUGAGACGCCAGACGUGAAUAGCGAGUUCGCGAGUAUGCGCGACUCAUUCUACAUCCUGAUGAAUCUGAAUCAGUACAAGAUGAAGCCCGUCAUAUCCAUGACACGCGAAGCAGAAGGCUUAUUGCGAAUUGUCCUGUUCAGCAAAGGGCUGAAGCUCGUCGGUCGGAAAAAGACGUUGAGCCAGAUGCGCUACCGACUGGCGGAGGAUCUACGAAGUAAUCGCCGGAGAGGCGUCGUUCCCAUCUUCAUCAGCACUUUGUGGUUUCUAUUCGCGCUUGGGAUUUCUAUCGAAGCAGCUUUCGGAGACGUCGGCAGCAAUAUCCAAGCCCACAACCUCGCCAUGGGCCUCUUCAUCUCCUGGCUGCCGAUCUUAAUUCUCUGCUCCAUCAUAGACCGGAACCCAGUCGCGUCUGACGACGUCCAGCGCAAACUCAACAAACUUGUAGACGCCGUCUGCGACUCCCUACUCCAUGGUGAUAAUCGUAUCGACUUCAUCGCGUCGUUUCGCGACAUGCCCGAGGCGCAGCAGAUGGCGUACUGGGUCGAGAAAAUUGCUGCGAGAGCAGAAGUUAUCAAGGGAAAUUACUUUUGUGGCUUCUCUGGCCAGGCUAGGACGAGGUGUACGUAG